AAUGACUUAGCGCCAAAAAUAGGCUUUAAAAAAAGCAAGGGUUUAGUACGAAAGCGAAAGUAUUAAGAGAUAGUAGUAUUCUGCUAAAAGGGUGUCCAGAUUCACAAGAAAAUGUCUUCAACAUCACAGAAACACAAGAAUUUUGUUCAGGAGCCAAUGGCAGAAAAGCCUGUGACAGAAUUGGCAGGCAUUGGACCAACACUUGGAGGAAGACUUAUUGAAAAUGGUUUUGAUUUGGCUUAUGUAGUUCUGGGACAGUUUUUAGUCCUGAAGAAGGAUGAAGAGAUGUUCAAGGACUGGUUAAAAGAAGUGUGUGGUGCCAAUGCUAAACAACAGGAAGAUUGUUUCCGGUGUCUUAAAGACUGGUGUGACAAUUUCCUGUGAAAAAGUAAUAAUGCAAACUUACUUGGAAGCCUUUCAUCAGUGAAGAUGGGAAUAGGUCAUUUAUACAUUACCAACUGCAAACAAUUAUGAAAUGAGCAUUCUUAAAGUUGCAGUAAUAUCAAAUAAUACUGUUUUAUUUAAUUUUUUAUGUUUAUGUAAUUAAGGUUUUUAAUGUUACUCAUGUUGAUGGAGAUCAAAAAUUAAUUAUUUGCUCUAUAUAUAAUUAGGAAGAUGAUAAUAUGUUAGUGAUUAUAUGCUUAUUAUCUACCCACGGUAUUAGAGUUUGUAUGCAUUCAUGGUAACAUUGUUGCAGUUUGUGCUUCUUGCUUUAAUCAGCAGGAGUCUUGCAAGAAAUUGUACUGUAGUUAACCCCUAGAAAUUGUAUCAGUCCAACCAUUUAGUUUUCCCUUUUCCCUCAAAAUUUUGUUUUCAGAUAAAAUAUUAUGUUCAAAUUAAUGUUUUAACAGUAAUUUUGGUUGUCCAUCUCUCUGGUUCUUUUUCCUUAAUUUAAUCUUUUUGUACUUUCAUGAUUGCUGUCACCCCCCAUCAUUACUAUUAAUUAUACAAGGUUUUCUUCAUUGGGGCCUUGCUGACUGGUCAUUUUUCUUGAAAUCUUAUUCUUUUUUCUCUACGUGUAAUGCUUAACAAUUUGACGUAUUUGAAGUUCAAUAGUUAAUGUGUACAAAUUGUGUUGUGGUAUAUUGUAUAUCAAUAUUACAAAAAAUGCCUAAGCUGA